UUUUUUUUUUCUUUAUCAAUCUUAUCUCUUCCUUUCAUUACCUUCAUAUAACAAUGGCCGCCAUUACUAAACAAACUCUACCACCUGUAGGUCAUGCUAUUGCUGGAUCAGCUGGUGCUAUGUUCGCUUUAGCUCUUGUCUAUCCUUUAGAUAUUAUCAAAACCCGUAUUCAAGUUCAAGCUAAACACGACAAAGUAGACGACAGUGAACAUUACAAGUCGGCAUGGGAUGGUAUCUGUCAAAUAGUAGCCAAGGAAGGAUUGAGUGGAUUAUAUGCUGGACUGGGUAGUUCGUUGCUUGGUACGGCAUCCACUAACUUUACGUAUUUCUAUUGUUAUUCUUUUAUCCGGGAACAAUAUAAUCAGAAAUUCAACAAUGCUCGUGGCGGAACGUUAUCGACUGGAAUGGAACUAUUACUAGGUGCUGCAGCAGGUGCGUUGACCACGUUGAUUACUACUCCUGUUUCGGUAGUGACCACUCGACAACAAACACUUCCUGCUGAAGAACGUCAAGAUGUGAUCCAAACUUGUCAAACAAUCAUUGCUGAAGAAGGUGUAGCUGGUCUCUGGCGUGGUAUUCGACCUUCUCUCGUACUUUGCGUCAAUCCUGCCAUCACUUAUGGUAGCUUUGAAAAAAUCAAACAACUGGUACUCCAUCUUCUUCAAACUUCUAUCAUGACCCCUGGUGCUGCUUUUGGUGUCGGUGCCCUCAGCAAAACCUUGGCCACUAUCAUCACAUACCCCUAUAUCAUGGCUAAGGUUCGUAUGCAAUGGAAACCAUCAAAGGAAAUGCAAGGAAAGGUUGAUGCUUACAAGAGUGCAUAUGAUGUGCUUGCUCGUGUGAUCAAACAAGAAGGAUUCUUUGGCUGGUACAAGGGUAUGAGUACACAAAUCACAAAAGCUGUCCUGUCUCAAGCUUUAUUAUUCAUGAUGAAGGAUAUCUUUACAAACUAUACUAUUUUGGCCUAUGCUCUUUUAAAGAAUGCAAAGAAAUGAAUUAGAUUAGACGUUAUAUUUGAAUAGAUCAUCUUUCCCCAUAUAUUUCCCUUCCAAUUUUGGCCCUUCCUUAUGUAUAAUAUCAAUAAUUAAUAAAAAAAAAAAAGGAAAUACAAUUUGAAAUAGAUAAAAAAAAA